UAGUCACUGUUCGAGCGUGGAAGCGAUCGGUCGUUGGGAAUUGUGUGUACCUAUCUUAAAGUUAAAGAAAAGUAUCUUGAAGUAUUAUUAUCGAUUUUUCAAAUAAACUCGUCAUCGUCGUCGUCGUUGAGUAACGAGUUCGAGUUCUGGAUUCCGCGCAGUGCGGUUAAAAAAGUGCAUAGUGGAGUAAAAAUUCUGACAGUUUAUUUUUGUUCGGCAACAAUAAAAUUCGUCUUGGAUUAAAAAUAACAAAAUCUAAAAUUCGCUCUGGCGAUUUACUUAUUCCAUUCAGUUUAAUAUUAACUACCAAAGAUGUUGGUAGAGUUGAAUUUUAAGCAGCGAAAUGCUACAAUCCUCGCCACUGUUUUGGUGGGAUUGGGAUUAUCUGCCAUUGUCAUAUCAAAUCCUGUGCUAUGCGUCAUAUUCCUGGGACUUACUGCAUUCCUUAUCACAGAAAAUAGAAUAACUCAUGUCUAUUCGGUUAUGGCAACAUUGCCAAGGGACGUAACUGCUGCAACCCGUUUUUUGAAAAUUCAAUAUCUCCUCUACAAGUUCGAAUGGCAAAAAUACACAGUUCCACGAGUAUUUCAAACAUUCCUUCAACAAAAUCCCGAAAAGGACGGUUUUAUUAUGGAAAGUAAAAAACUAACAUUCCAAGAUAUAGAAGACUUCAGUAAUAAAAUUGCUUCGUACUUUAAGUCGAAGGGUUUCAAGCGGGAAGACUCAAUUGCUUUGUUGAUGGAGACAAGGCCGGAAUACUCAUGUAUUUGGAUGGGUUUAUCGAAAAUUGGUGUUGUCACAGCUUUGAUUAAUUCCAAUUUGAGAAAAGAAACUCUAUUGCAUUCCAUUAAAGCUGCAAAAUGCAAGGCUAUUAUUUUUGGAGCCGAACUAAGUUCAGCUCUUAAGGAAGUUCUUGGAGAUGAAGACAUAAAGAAUCUAGAGCUUUAUCAAUUUACUGAUGAUCAACAAAGAGAAGGUGUUGGAUUUGUGACGCUAGACGGAGCUACUGAUAUUGUUCCGGAACUUAAAACCCACAAAGCAACUGAUUUGACAAAGGACAUUGCUGAAGGAAGACCCAAGGAUAAAAUGGUCUAUAUUUACACAUCUGGCACAACCGGAAUGCCAAAAGCAGCUGUUAUAACGCAUUUAAGAUAUAUGUUCAUGGCUGUAGCAGUUCACAAAAUGGUUGGAAUUCGGGAAGAUGAUAUUAUAUACAACCCACUGCCACUCUAUCACACAGCUGGAGGAAUUUUGGGAGCAGGAAAUGUCUUCCUCCAUGGCAACACUAUGGUUCUUCGCAAGAAAUUCUCUGCCACGAACUUUUGGACCGAUUGUAUAAAAUAUAAAUGUACGGUGGCUCAGUAUAUUGGUGAAUUAUGCCGAUACCUGUUGUCGACACCAACAAAACCCGAAGAUACAAAACAUUCCAUCAGAUUGAUGUUCGGAAAUGGGCUGAGACCUCAAAUUUGGUCACAAUUUACAUCAAGAUUCAAUAUUGAUGAAAUUGGUGAGCUUUAUGGAUCAACAGAGGGAAAUUCUAAUCUGGUGAAUGUUGACAAUCAAGUAGGAGCUAUUGGCUUCAUUCCAGUUUGGGGUGAAAAAAUUUAUCCCGUCAUGCUGAUUCGAUGCGAUGAAGAUACUGGUGAACCGAUUCGUGAUUCACAUGGACACUGUGUCAAGUGUAAGCCCGGUGAACCUGGUGUUUUUAUUGGCAAAAUUAAUCCCAAACGAGCUGUGAACGCGUUUAGCGGUUAUGCUGAUAAAAGUGCCACUGAAAAGAAACUUAUCCGAAAUGUCUUCCAAGAUGGUGACGUUUACUUCAAUUCGGGAGAUAUUUUAGUUAAGGAUAUUUUGGGAUAUUUCUAUUUCAAAGACAGAAUGGGUGAUACAUUCCGUUGGAGGGGAGAGAAUGUGGCUACGUCAGAGGUCGAAGCUAUCAUUACAAAUGUAGUUGGACUCGAAGACUGUGUAGUUUAUGGAGUUGAUAUUCCACAUGUUGAAGGUAAGGCUGGUAUGGCAGGAAUAGUGGAUCCUGAUCGAAAAGUUGACAUGGUUCAACUAUCUGCCGGCAUUCGUGGAAGUCUUCCUGCCUACGCCCAACCUCUAUUCAUACGAUUACUUACUGAAAUGCCCAAAACAGCCACAUUCAAGCUCAAAAAACGUGACCUACAAGUCGAAGGGUUCGAUAUUACCAAAGUGAAAGACCCGAUAUAUUACUUGAACAAGGAUGGAAUUUAUCGUGAAAUGACCCAAAGUCAAUUUGAUGAUAUUCAGUCGGGAAAAGCGAGAUUAUAAGAAGGAAACAUUAAAACAGAGGUCCUAUACAUAUUUUUUAUUCCAGUCUUUUGGAAAGAUAAAAGUUUAGGUUUAAGUGUUAUAUAAAUAUAAUAUAAUCAAUUCCAACGAUGUGCUGUGCCUUUUUAAAAACUGUAUAAAGUUUAGUAGACAUUCAAUAAAAAAAAACACAAACAAAUAAAGUUAAAAAAAUAAAACCCAAAUAUUUCGCGCAAAAUACAGCAAGUUCUGAUUUAA